GCAGCGUCCGGUACGCACGAAAAUCGAGUUUACUCGUAUGACGAUGUUUCCGUGAAAAAGUUGCGGUUUUCCGCAAAUUGGCUGAUGAAUUUUUUAAAAAUCUACUGAAAAUAUCCUCGUCUGGACGAGGUUCGUGAUUUGACGACAUUUUUCGAGGUAGAGCAAACGUCAUAGAAAGUGCAAGAUGUCUAGUUCAAUCAUCGUGGAACCUCGAGAUAAUGCGACGAAAAAAGAUGACACGUUAAUUAUUAUGGUUAACGAUGACGGAACAAUUUCUGUUGACGAAGAAACUUUACAAAAUUUAAUAAUGAACCAGGCGAAUGCAAAUGUUAGUGUUGUGAAGUUGGGUCAAACAGAAGGUGACGCUGAGAACGGCGAUAUUACAUUUACGGUUGAUCCGCCACGUUCUACAGUUACUUCAGAAAUAACCACAACGACAACAUCAUCAACAACAAAUACAGAAGGAACAGGACUCGUUGAUCCUUUCAUGGAAAUGGAUCCCGAACAAUUGGAAAGAUUAGAAACUGCUUUGCAGAGCGAAGAGGCGAAACAAAUUCUCGGCGAAAAUGUUACAGCGAUGUUAGACAUGCUGACUGUCGAAGAAAGACAAAACUCGUUGAAACACAGUAUCGAGUUGGAUCAUUGUUAUACAACUAGAUUAUCUCCGUCGGAACCAAAAGUUUCCGAUCCUUUACCACUUACAAUAUCGCCUGAAACGAUUCAAAAAUCACAUUCAGUGCCGACGACUCCAACAGUUCCUUCGCCGUCUGUGAGUCCCGCUUCUGCAAAUGCAGCUGGAAAUUUAAAAACUAAGAAAACUUUAACGGGACGGCCUAGAAGAAGUGCUGCUGCAUCUUUUAUAGGGACCCCUAAGACUGCCGGGACUGCAGCUUCCCGAAAUGCAAAUACUUAUCAAGAUAAAGGUGGCCAUAAAGCUGAUGAUGAUGCCGAGGAUGAUAAUUCAUCAAUGGAUAUGACAGAAUCUUCAGAAUCAGAUUCAUCUGACAAUGAUUCCGAUUUUGGACCUCGUGGACCACGAAGAGGUGGAGUGAGAGCAAGAGGAGGACGCAAGGGUCUUACAACAAGAGGUGGAAGUAUGACCGCUCGAAGACGAGGUUCAAACAAACGCAUGGACACCGAACAAGUGCGUCGACUCGAUAAAGAAAUGGCAGCAGCUGUUGAUGCAAUGAAAAGUCCCGAAAAAGAAGAGAAACAAGAGAAACCAUCGCAUAUUAAAACAAAAAAACCAAGAGUGUUUGGAGGAAAGAAAAAAGAUGAGACGCCAGUUUCAACACCCGAGACAUCGCCAAUUAUUCAUAAACCAUUGCAAACGACAAAUCAAGUGAAAGCAAAUUUAAUAAAUGCAAAUAUGAUUAAAGGCGAUAUGAUAUUAACAAAACCAGGCGAAGGAAGAAAUCAAAAUCAAAAAAUUAUUUUCGUUCAAAAGCAAAUUUUAAUGAAAUCAAAUGAAAUGAAACAACUCGAUGUUAAAAAAUCCCCUCUUAUUUUACCAAAAACUAAAAAUCUUGCACAAACACCGACAAGUUCGAAAAUAACCACAAAAGAUGGAAAAUUAGUAUCGAUACCUAUGUUACCGAAAUCAAUUGUACACAAUUCGCCGGGAAAUCAGCCAAAAAUUGUUACACUCGGUCAAUUGCAUGCUCAAGAACCAGUUCAAUUAUUACAAUCAAGUCCUGUUCAACAACCACCACAACAACAGCAGCAGCAACAACAACAACAACAACAAAUAAUUAAUUCUAAUCAAAAAAUACAAAUUUUCACAUCGCCUAUUAAAGUGAAACCUGUUGAAGUUAAAAAAGAGAAGAAAAAGUCUGAAAAUCUUCAGGAGUCGGUAUUGAAGAGUAAUGAAGAAAUGAAAAUUGCUGAAAUUGGAAAAUCGACGGAUGUCAAAGGAACGCCUGAAGUUGUGAAAAAGCAUCAUCAUCAUCAUCAAAAGAAGGAUCAUCGAAAAUCGCCGGCAACACUUGCUAAUGCAUUGGGUCCAGCAUUAUUUUCCACGCCUGAUAUUAUUCGUCGUGUUAGUGUUGGAAAUGAAACGGGAAAAUGUGCGGAAAAUUCUCCAACAACUCCAGUAACUCCAACUUCAAGUUCACCAGUUUUUAAUCAACAAUCAACAGUAACAACUCCUUCGAUAACUUCUGUUAAAAAUACAGAAAUUAUUCCACCAAAAACAUUACAAAUUUCUUCUUCUACUUCUUCUCCGCCUGUUGCGGUAGAAUCAAUUAUUACACCGAAUGCCACUGAAACAAUUAAUCAAUCACAACUUCCAUUGAAUUCUGAACCUGAGACGAUAAAUUCACCGACUAAAUUAAAUGUGAGCUCAUUAAAUCAACAAUCUUCUUUGGAGGAGGAAUCCAUGGAUAUUGACAAUAAUGAAAAUAAUAGUCAAGGCGAUGUAUUACCUACAAAAGAAACGAAAAUCCCUGUUAAAGUUCCUCUGGCUGAGGAAUUACAAUCAUCAUUAGAUCCUGUUCCAACCGAGGGAGUUUCCCAACGAAUGGAACAACCCAAUGUUCCAAAUGAUAUUGUUCCUAAACAAAGUGGAAUUGAAGGAGAGGAACAUCUUCUUGCCACAUUGGAAAUGGAAGCAACAAAACAUGAAGAUGAUUUAUUAGCUGAAGCUUUAUUACUUCAAGAGGAACUCGGUGUUGAUUUGGCUUCUGGACUCGACCAGUCAGCAGAUUCUGAACCUCUCUUGUCACCGUCAGCGUUCUCAUCUGUUUUAUCACCAAAACAACAGGCUGAAGUAAAGCCAACACAAACAUCAACAGUCGUCGAACCUUUUAAAGUGACUUCGCAACAUGAGCAACAGAAAAGAAAAGAGGAAAAGGAACCAAUUCAAAUAAUACGUGGUGGACGUAUUAUAACUUUACCUCCCAUUGAAGCUCCAGCAACGCGUAGCAAAAAAUUACAAGCCAUGAAUGAUAAGCCCCCUCAACAAAAGGAAAUUGUUGUAAAAGAAGAGAAAAAGCCAAGUCGAUCAAGUGUAAAUGAAUUAAUUCCUAAAGAAGAUAUGGAAUUAGAUGAUGAAUUUGAGGACGAAAGCGGUAAUUCUGAUUCUGAAGAUGAUCCCGAUCGAUUGUGGUGUAUAUGUAAAAGGCCACACAAUAAUCGAUUUAUGAUUUGUUGCGAUGUUUGCGAAGAUUGGUUUCAUGGCAAAUGCGUUAACGUCAGCAAAGCUAUGGGACAACAAAUGGAGGAACAAGGUGUUGAAUGGGUGUGUCCAAAUUGUUCAAAAAAGAAAACUGAAGAAACAAAAGGAAAACAUGCUUCGCCAGUGAUUUCGAAACGUAAAUCAACUGAAGCUCUUUUCCAAACAUUAGAUGGCAAGUCCAGUGGAUUGUCUAGUAGUAGUAGCAGCAGCAGUAAAAAGGUGACGCCUGUCAUUACCGAAGGUCCUUCUACUGAAAAGACAGCUCAAGGUUCUGGAAUAACACAGUGUGUUGUUUGUAAGAAGGAAGCAAGAAAUUCCAGCAUUUAUUGUUCUGAUAAUUGUAUUUUGGCUCACGCUCAAGAAACAUGCACCAAAGAUAAACCGGCUUCAACACCGUCGCCAAAAGCGUCGAAACAAGAUUUUCUUAAAGGCAAACUCGAUGCUCGAGUUAUGGUUUUUGAUAGAAAAACAGGCAAAGUUCUUUCGGGUGCUGGUGCUCCGACAGCAGGAAAUCUCAAAAACUGGCUAAGGGAAAAUCCAUCUUACGAAAUUGUAAGGCCAAAUAAUUUGAAUACUUUCAAAAUUGCUGGAAAAACAGUUACAGCUAUUCAAACUCAAGAAUCGUCUAAACAGCUUAAAGUUUCGCCUGUGAGACGUGAAAAAAUGCAGUUACAUCCAAAGAUGAUUUUUGCUAAAGUGCCAGGUUCAAAGCAAACAAUUUUAGCUGCCAGUUCAAAGAAAACAGUUCUUGUUCCUGCUGAAAGUAUUGCAACAAUAAAAAUUAAAGUACCACCGCCGCAAAAAGUGCCUAUUUUAAGGCAAACAGUACUAAAGACCCCACCAUCACAACCACCACAACCAUCAUCGUCAUCAUCUGUGAAAAUACAAUUGUCAACGCCUAAACAAAUAAAACGACAGGAACCAAAAACGCCAACACAAGUCAGACAACAACCAAUAAAAUCACCAUUAAUUGCCAAGAAACCCGAAACAGAACCAAUUCGAGUUGCUGUUAGGAAAACAAUGUCAGAUGCAUUAAUUGCUCGAAUAAAAGCUACAGAUGAUUUAAAAUUAACACAAGAUGAAGUCAAAGAACUCACACUUAAUAUUGAACUUGAAUUAUAUAAAUAUUUCAAAGACACUGGUGCCAAAUAUAAAGCAAAAUAUCGAAGUCUCGUUUUCAAUAUAAAGGACACAAAAAAUUUGACACUCUUUAGAAAAAUUGCCGACAGAUCAUUAACACCUGAUGCAGUUGUGAGAUUAAGUCCUGAAGAAAUGGCAAGUCAAGAAUUAGCCGAAUGGCGUGAAAAAGAAACAAAACAUCAACUUGAUAUGAUUAAGAAAAAUGAAUUAGAUCUUAUGGCACAAGCAAAAUCAAUAGUCGUUAAAACUCAUAAAGGCGAAUUAGUUAUUGAAAAUGAUCGUGCUAGUGAUAAUGUCGAUUCAAAAUCGUCUGUUCACGAUAUUGUCACAGCUUUGAAUAGUGAAAAUAAUAUUGAUUCAACGGAAAUUAAUAAAAAAGAAGAUGAUUUAAAAAAAUUGAAAUUCGAUGAUAAAAAAGACAAGGAGAAAUAUCGUUCGCGUGAUCGUGAAAAGGGAAAGAAACGUGAUAGAAGUAAAAAUCGUCAUCGUCAUAGUCGUGAGCGUGAACGUAGUAAAGAUCGAAAAUCAGGCAAGAAUAAGGAUAAUAAAAAAGAAAAAGAUCGCGAAAGAGAAAAGGGACGAGAUCGUGAUAAGGAGAAGAAACAUAAAAAAAGUAAAAGUAAGAGUCACAAGAGUCAUAAGGAAUAUAAUAAAGAAAAGGAGAAAAUUCAAGAGGAGAUAAAGAAGGAAGAGAAGAAAGAAUUAACACCACCGAGAAUGGAACCACCAAUUGAAGAUCGUCUUUGGCGUCAUAUUGACGAUGAUACAACGACAAUUGGUUUUGUUAAUUUGGACACAAAUGAUUCUGAUUUAUCCGAUCGUGAGCCAAGUUCAACAGUGAAUAUUAAAACACCCGAUAUUAAUGAAGAUUUCGAGAGGGAAAAGGAAGUGGAACCUGAGGAAGAAAGAACUUCACAACAAACAGUGUGGAGUGGUUUUGUUUGUAUGCCUGAUGUGGCGAAAUUUUACAUAACCGCACAAGAAGUUAGUGGUAAUUCACGUGAUCUUAUGGAAGAUUUACCAAAUACCGUUGAUGUUGUGGGGAGAAUUGGUCACGAUACAGUUUGGGAUUAUAUUUCAAAAAUGAAAAAAAAUGGAUCAAAAGAAAUUCUUGUUAUUCGACUGACUGCCGCUAAUGAUGAAGAGAAAAUUCCCUAUAUUACACUUUAUAGUUAUUUAAAUAGUCGAAGUCGUUUGGGUGUCGUUGGCAAUGUUUCAAAAAGUAUCAAGGAUUUCUAUAUAAUGCCAUUCUCGAAUUUCAGUAAAGUACCAAGUGUUUUGCUACCAUUAAAAGGACACGGAUUUGAGGAAGAACAACUUCUUUUGGGAAUUAUUGUUCGCAAUAAACGAAAGCGUAUCGCAUCAUCGGCUCCUCUACUUCCUGCAAUGCCGACAAAAAUUAUUAAAAAAGAUUCCGAUCGCAGUUACACACCACCGCCGCCUCUUGUUCAUCUCUCGCCAAAGGAUAAAAAUCCCUCGCCACCAACUUCACCGCGAUUACAUCACAAGGGUAUUACCGAUUCAUUACCUGAGAGUAAACACAUCACACAGCAUACACUCGAAACUUUAAAUAAGGCACAAAUUGGUAUGUCAAGAACAAUUCUUGAUAGUGCAACAAUUUCGAAAAUUGUACCUGAAUUAUCGUCGAGAAUUGAUUUGACAUCAAAACCACAAGAUGAAGAUGAUGAUGAGCCAUAUAGUCCAGGUGAAAUGGAUGAAGAUCUUGAUAAUAAUGAUGAUAUUGUUGAUGAUGAUGACGAUGAUGGCGAUGAUGGUUCAAAAGAUAUGGAAACUGAAUUAUUAUCAACGAAUAAAGAUUCUAAUAGUGAAUUACAAAGGAAAAUGGAUGAAAUAAAUCGUCAAAUUGAAGAGCAAAAACAACAAAUUCAAAAUAUAAGCUCAUCGUUCCUUGGUGACGUGACAAAUACAUUGCCGGGUUUGGGCCUCGAUCCAGAAACAAAUGAAGGCGAUGACGCGUACAGUCCAUCGGACACACGUUCAUUCACGCCACCACCACAGGGUUUGAAAUUCACGCAACCAAUUUUGGAUAAAGUCUCGGACAUCACAAUUCCUCCGAAUCUACAGGAGAUUCUUGCAAACGUAAAACGUCAGGAAACCUCGAAAGUAGAUCCUUAUCUUCCGUCAAAGCCAAGUGCAUCAUUCCUCACGUCAGUAAACACUUCCAGAUCAACAAAAUCGGAAAAAUAUUCAACAUUCAGCAAGGGAACAACAUCGUCGUUAGCCAAAGAAAGUAAAACAACCAGCACCCUCAGCUCAAUGAGUGAAUUGGAUUUAAUUAAAAAAGCAGCUGAACAAUUGGCUGCCGAGACAUUGCCAUCGACAACACCGCCUUUGGUAUUGCCACCAUCACUCUAUCCAACAAUUGUUCCACCUCCAACACCGGUGAUGCCACCACCUUUACCACCGCCUCCACCUGCUGCAACAACAAUUCCAAUCAUUCCAUCGUUGCCGGCAAUUCCAAUUGUUUCAUCGAUUCCACUUGUUGCGACAAAUCAAAUUUCACCAAUUGCAUCAACAACAUCAAUUAUUGAUACAACAACAACGACAUCAGACGUGGCUGAUAAUAAGACGAUAAAUUAUCCAAUAAGCGAUUCAUUGCUAAUGAAAACAAAUCUUGCUUCCAAUCAACCACGACCACCUGGUCUUGAAGAUGAUGAAAUCCCAAGUUUUUUAACAACACCGGCAAAGAAACCCGAGAGCCCUUCCAAAAUUGCGCUUCCUACUAAAUUCAUACCCAAAAGUGGUGUUGUGUUAAGUGUUAAACGAAAACUAAACGAUAACGAUUCAACGCCUUCCAAAACUCCAAGGACAAAAUCAUCAAGGUGGGGACAACCACCACCAUCGGAGUAGACAUUUUUCUUUUCUUUAUUCAAUUAUUGCCUUUUUCCAGGACAUACAAUUAUUAUUUUUAUUAUUGUGUGUGUGAAUCAAAAUCCAUGAGAGUUGCGAGUACAAUAGAUUUUAUUUCUCGUAUACUUUAGAGAAAGAAAAAAAAUAGCUCGGUGUCCUGGAUGCUGACGUGACAAAUUUUUCCAAAAAUAGUGUCUUUUUUUCGAAUUAAACACUUUAGAGACUUUUUAUUAAAUUGAAAAAGAAAUUUUUUUAAAUGUUUCCGACGAACAUUUCUUUUUCAAAUUAAACAUAGAUCAGAUUUUUUAAAGCCUAUUGGGCUGUUUUAAUUAUUAUUUUUUUAUUUUUUCAAGAGCAAAACAAAAAAUCCUAUUCCAAAAUUUUCUACAUCGUAUGCUUUUUUAAAAAAUAGAAUUUAAUUUCUUACACUUCCUCUUUCUUUUUUUACUACCUACAUGUAAAUUCAAAUUAGAGAUUGUGUAUUUUAUUUAAUAAUAAUUAUAAUAUUAAAUAGAAAAAAAUGAAGUAAAUAAGCAACGAAAGUGGAGAUUUUGGAAAAUUUUGCUUAAAAAAUAAUAAAUCCGAUCUUUUUUGAAUAAGGUUUACAAGUAGAACCUGAAAAAAAUUGAUUUCAAAAUUCAAAUGACUUUUUUUUCUUGUUAUAUUUUAUAUUCGGCAUUGUUCGAUAUUCUGAAGUCGAAAUUACAGGAAAAGAUUUUUAACUUUUCAUAUUUAAAAAGAAAUUUAUUAUUAAUAAUCAAAAAAAAAGUAAAAAUCCAUAAAAUACACAGAUUAAUUAAUUUAUUAUUAAAAAAAAAUUCAUUAAUAAAAAUUAAUUGAUUAAAAAAAAUUCAAAGGGCAAAUUUCAAUACACGGAAAUGUAUUUAAUUUGCGAAAAAAAUGUAAUUUGUUGCAAAAAUUGAAGAAAUGCGAUUAAUACUAAAAAUAUAUUAUCCGUGCUUUAUAAUUAUAGUGAUAAAAAGUUUAAUUUCAAAAAAAAUAUUUUUUUUAAAUUAGAUAUCAAUAAGGCUUGUAAAAUGUAGAAUUUUUCGUCGUGUUUAAUUGUAACAGCAUCCAAGCACCUCUCUUAUGUAAAUACCAAAGUGAAAAAGAAAAAAAAUAUCGAAACACGCAGUACGAUUCUUAAUACCGUAUAUUAUAAUCACAAGCAAAAAAAAACAAAGAGAACAAAGAAAAGAAUGUAAAUAAUCUAAAUUAGGAGUGUAAAAUAUUUUACGAAAAUUUCGAAAGGGAGAGAGAAAGUUUAAAUCGAAAAAACGUUCACAGCAUCACACUCUCGUAUUGGCUGUGUAAAUAUCAAAAACAAAAAAGAACAAAAUAUUUCUAUGACAAUGUUUUGUUGAGAAUAAUAAAAAUGUGAUUAUGUCGAACGGUAAAUAGAGUAAACGGCGUGUCUAACAAAUGUUUCUUUUAUAUAUGUUUACUUAGCUUUUAAAUUUUGUUUUUCAUUUUUUUUUCUUUUUUUUUUGUUCAUUGACAAAUAUCAUAAAUUAGUUUAUUAGUGAAAGCUAGAAUGAUUUAAUAAGAAUUUUAGAAUCAAGCCGAAGCCAAAAAAUUCAUAUUUUUCAGAUUCUUUAAUAAUUAACAAAUAAAUUGUUUAACAUUUAAAAAAAUACAAUUUGCUGUAUGUUAAGUAAACGACGUGUAAGUUUAAAAAAUUGUGUAACUUAAUUUUUUUUUUUUUUUUUUUGUUAAGAAUGCUGACAAUUGAAAAAUUUUUACAUUAUUAUUUUUCUUUUAUUUUUUUUUUCUCUAAUUGGGAAAAUUAAUUUCUCACAAAAAACAUUUAAUUAAGCUUCUUUUUUUUUAAAUAAUGUGAAGAGUAAAAUUGUUUUCAAUUUUUAGCAUUCAUUUUUUUGCGAACAUUCUCGCGUGUAAAAAUCUUACCUUUAUAAAGUUCGCUAAAACAUAUUUUUCCCCCUAAGUGGAGAAAAAAAAUUCACUUUUUGGUUUUGGCACGAAACUGUUGAAUGUGUUCCAUAUUGUAUGAAUGAUUAGAAUUGUGUAAAUUUCAUUUAUAUAUAGAAUAGUUAUUGUGUAAACACUAUUGCAAUUCUAUAAAUUUCCAGAUAAAAAAGCCA